GUACCAUACCGUAUUUAGUCAAAAAGUCGAAGCUCGCGACACCAGCCCAAGAGGCUUUUUUACUACUUGCAUUGCUGAAUUACCGGUACCGGUAAGGUUACGGUAGCAAUAUGGCGCUGGGUGAUUCUGAUCCGUUUGAUUACCUUUUCAAAAUCGUUUUGAUUGGUGAUGCAGGCGUUGGAAAAACCUGCAUUGUACAAAGGUUUAAGACUGGUACUUGGUUAGAAAUGCAGGGAAGCACCAUUGGCGUUGAUUUCUGUAUGAAAACGGUGGAAAUAGAUGGAAAGAAAAUAAAACUUCAGGUUUGGGAUACUGCCGGUCAAGAAAGAUUUCGCACAAUCACCCAAUCCUAUUAUCGCAGUGCUAAUGGAGUAUUAUGUGCAUUUGAUGUCACUCAGGAAUCGUCAUUUAAAAAUGUAUCUAGAUGGAUGGAAGAUAUACAAAAGUAUUGCUCUUCGGAUGUAACAAAAAUAUUAAUAGGAAACAAAACAGAUUUGAAAGAAGCUCGUGCUGUAGAUUCUAAUGAAGCUCAAAGUGUCGGUGAGUACUGGGGAAUGCUGGAAUAUAUUGAAACAUCUGCAAAAGACAAUUAUAACAUUGAAGGUGUUUUCCGACGAGUUGCCGCCGAAUUGUUAAUAAAACACUCUGAUUUAGAUUUGUCAGGUCAAGGGUCAAAUAUUGAUUUAAACUCGAAAACGAAAACAGUUCAUUCAUGGAAUACUUGCUGUUCAUAAAGCAAUGCUAAAUAUAAUGUGUAUGUCGAAUAUCAUGAUAUUUUAUAUUACUAGUUUGUUUAGUGGUAUAUGUCUAUGACAUCAUAGUGCAAUACAUAUUGCAUAACUGCUCUUGGCAGAUUUAAAUUCAUCCUAUCUAUCACAGUAACGUUCAUUGUAAAUUUUGGAUAUUUAGAAAAAUUACAUGCAGAUUAAAAUUACUCAAAAUCUUGUGGGAUUCAUGAUUUGUUUUAUUCAGAAAUGUUUCCUCACAUUUAAUACAUAGGUGUACUCCCAUAGUGUAUGUACCAGGUUAGGGUUAGGCCAUAAUUUUAUUCCAAUUUUCCCUAUUUUAGUUCUAUUACGAGUUUGAGGACUGUCUGUAUUGCCAAGUGAAUAUGCCCCCUGCCCGUAGGCUUCUUUCCCUUUACACAACUUGAUGUAAAGUAGGCGAAAAAAAUUAGUUGCCUCCAUAUUGGUACACACACUGGAGCGCCGGUGAAAGUAUGUUAUGUCUAUGCUCAAUAACAUUGAAAAUAGUUCAAAGUAAUUAUUGCCUAAUGUCAGUCUGCCUGUUUAUUUUCCAUUACACAGUAUUGAUUUUCAAUUGACCUUUUUUGUUUGUUUUGAAGCAUUGAAGCAGGAACUUAAUCAUCAAUUAUUAAA